ACCGGGGGGAGUUGAAUGCAUGCGCGGGGCAGCGCCGCGCUUAUCCGGCGCAGGACGCGACACGCGGCCGCGGCGUCGCCUCCAAACCACACCCCCACGCACGCACGCACGAGCACCACCACCACCACCACCACCGCCAUAGCUAGCCGCUGAAGCCAGCAGAGCAGACGAGGAAACCGAGGCUCCAGGGGUGAGUGCGAGCGCGGCGACCGAGGAUCUAUCUGGGAUGAGCCACCUCGGGCGCCGGGCCGCUUCGUGAUCGGCGGCGGGCGGCGGCGGAGGGACGCGAUGAGGACGGCGCAGCAGCAGCAGCAGAAGCAGCAGGGCGGGGUGGUGCGCGUGGACCAGGCGUCGCCCGCGUCCAGCUUCCGCGAGCUCGACGACGCCUUCCUCCAGACACAGACAAAAAUCUGGCUUGGUGAAGUUCUCCAUCUUAGGUUUGAUGAAGCCGUUAUAGUUGCAGACCUUCUUGCUGAUGGAGAGUUACUAUUUCAAGUUUCCAAAGUACUGUGGAAAAGGCUUGUGAGAAUGAACAAAGAACAAAUGAAGCAAUCCAAGGUGUAUAUUUAUGAGAGAACAUCGUCUGGUAAGAGCAAUGGAAAAUACAUGCCCUAUCCAAAAGUUGACUCGUUUUUGAAGAUAUGUCAAAUUCUCGGGUUAGCUGGAAUUGAUUUGUUUACCCCUUCUGAUGUGGUUGAGAAAAGAAAUGUUCGGAAAGUUUGUAUGUGCAUACGCUUGCUAUCUAAGAAGGCUCGGACGAUGCGCCUGACUGUGCCUGAUUUUGAUAUUGUCACUCAUACAAUAGCCAUGCCCAACUACAUUGUUGGAGGCAUCCGGAGAAGUCUGGAGCAACCACAAUGUAGUUCAUCUGGUUCAAGUGGUUACAGUCCAAGUGCCAACUCUAAGGCAUUAAAUCAGCAGAGAGUUUUUGGUGCAGAGAAUGAUCAACAAUGUGAAACACAUUAUGAUUCUGAUGAAGCUGAAAGUAAGCUCUCUGCAUUAGAACCUGAGGACUCAGUCAGUGAAGACAAUAUUUCCACACUUUUGAAAUCGGGCAACAUGCCCAAGGAAGAAAAGGAAGGCUAUGGAGAUAGUGAGCAUGGUAUGCAUGAAGAGAAGUCAUUGUCUGAAUCAGUUGGAUCGAUUGAUUUCGGCAAUAUGGAAUCUGAUUCUGUUGGUUCAACUCCUUUAUUUCACAAAAAUGAAUCAUAUUGCUGUAUUGAAUCUCCAACUGACCAGUGUUCAAGAACUAGAACAAUUAGGUGUUCAUUAAGUUCAGAAGAGUCAGAUUCCAUAAGCAGUCAUUUGGUAGUUGACAGCAGCAAGGCUAAAAGGACUCAUGGCGAACAUCUCGAGCCUCUUAACGGAAAUGGGAAAAGAUUUGCUAACGAUCCCGAAAAAGAAAGCGAUGCCCUCCAAAAGGUCACCUUUGAUCAACAAUGUGAUCUGCUUGCCUGUGAUGGGGAGUCUGUAUGUUCAAAUUGCGACAGUACACCAUACUCGAGUUUAACCCCAAUAGACAGUGCUUGUGGCAAAUUGCCAGCAGUUUCUGAAGAUGAUAGUGCAUGCCGAGGGCUGGAACUCGAAUUCCGUUGUGGGAAUGAAACGGACGUUUCCCAAAAAGAAGAUAAACAGGUGGAAUCAGAAUAUAAAGCUGAAAAUGACAGCUCUGCUCAAAUGAAUGAGAAUGAUGUUCCCAAAUCAGGGAAAGGGAUGCUAAAGUCUGUUGCUGGAGGAAUUACACUUGUCGGCGCAGUGUUCUUCAUAGCUCAUCUCAGAAGGAGCAAGGACAGAAGCUUCGCAGGUGUUAUAGCUCCAUUCUCUGAAAAAUCAGUUCAGGGCGACUCAAGGGCAAAGAAAGUAGAGAAAACAAAGGCGGGUGCCGUGUAUCCCGGGGAAUGGCUAAAAGUUUAAUCAAGAAGAACGGACAUGCCACGGUGCCACCUAAGCGCAAUUUGGAAGUUUAUUUUGCAAUAUGCAUACAUCUUGUAAAAGUAAAAUCCAUAUGCUAAAGAACACUUUUUUUUAAUCAGCUACUCCAGUUUGCACGAGUAGAGGGCUUUAAGAAGCGACUCCACUAGUAUAGCAAGUGUUAAUAUUUAUUUUCUUAUAGCAGUCCAAAGCUUACAAUAAUCUGUAAUCUGGAUAAACAAGAUGCCUCAAGUUCUCUCCAUGUACAGAAUGAUCCAUGAAGUUGAUUAAUUUAUUAUAAGCAGCAGCCAUUAUUCAGAGUA